CAAGAGUUAUCGACAUGUCGAGUAUUUGCUUGUGCAUUUGUCAAAUGUGUCAUUCCUACGCACAUUUGUUUAUCGUGUUAGCUGGCUGUUUUGUGGAUAAUAGAGCUAUUAUAAUCAAUACAAGUACAUAUAUAAGAAGUAAAGAUGGAGGAGAACGUGUACCCAGAUUUGGAGAAAAUGUGCAGACUAUGCCUUUGCAUCAUUGAUAAGGCAAAUCUUGUUGACAUCUUCCCGCCACCGGAAGGCUCGGCUGCCAAUGGGAAUACUUCAGUGCAGUUGUCCAUUCCGAUGCGUAUCAUGGCAUGCGCCGCAUUGGAAGUACAAUCAGGAGAUGGACUCCCAAAGUCAAUAUGCUUCGAGUGUCGUUACCAAUUGGAGAAGUCCUAUUAUUUUCGUAAACGCAAUCAACAGUCGGAUGGUAAAUUACGGAAGCAUAUUCGAAUGCUCAACAUGGGGAAAAAGAGUCGAGUAUUUGCAAAGACCGAGGAUGAUGACUUCGAAGAUGAAGUCGAAUUUGAAGACUCGCUUCAGUUUAUACAGAAAUGGGAAGAAAAAAAGCAAGCGGAAGAAAACGCGCGGUGGGAGCAAAGGCUACAAAAUGAUCUAGAUCAAAAAAUUGAACUUGCAAAAAAUGAAUGGAUUGAGGAAUGUAAAUCUGGUUUAAAGGAGGAAGUUGCAAAAGAACUCCGAAACAAAGUUAUUGAUGAGGUUAAAGUAGAGUUGCGUGCUGAAAUGGAGCAGAGAAUCAGGACUUCUUUACGUGAAGAAUGUAUGGAACAGGCAAAGUUAGAAGUCCGUUCAGAGGUUAUCGAGGAGUGCCGUGAGCGAGAACGCUUCUCAUUGCUCAAUGAAUUACAAGCAUUUUUAAACCAAAAAAGGGAUGAAAAUGCGCCACCAAAGGAAAAUGCUACUACGUCAAUUGUAAAAGAAACGUCAAAUGAAGUCGAAGCAGAUGUACCAACUGAUCCGUUUGAACAAAUCCAAGAGAAAACCAAACAUGUAUUCAAUGACAACGAUGAGGGCUGUGCUGAAGCAGAAGCCGAUGCAGAAGACGGGGCGGAAUUCUACGUUAUAGAAUCUAUUAAUAGUCAUGAAGACGAGGAUCCAAUUGCUUCUUCAAAACCACCGAGUAAGCGUCAAAAAACCGAUAACAGCCAGCGAUUUGAAUACUUUGAAGAUAAAAUGGGAGACGGAAAUUUUCGUUUGACAGCCUCGGAAAGCAGCAGUCAUGAGCCAGAUGCCGAGUCGUAUCACAUUGCAGAUUCUGGGGAGGUUCAGUAUUACAGAAAAACUUCAAGAACUGACAGCGAAGAAGUACAACGAAUCGAAAAUGAUGGUGAACAUGAAGAAGAUGAUGUGAUUGUUUUAAACUUUGGUAUUGACAUGGAAACCGAGCAGGUUGAGCCAGUGGGAUUCGGGGAAUUUAAAAAGCUAUAUGCCGCGAAGCCGGAAAAGGAGCCAUUCACAAAGAAAAUUGUGGCAGAUAGCACAGAUUUCCCAGUGAAUUUGCGCAAGACUGACACACCGAAAACAUUCAAAUGCGACUCCUGCCCGAUGGUUUUUUCCACAAGCAAUGCAAUGAACCGGCAUUUGCGUACACAUGCUAAGGUGGAGCAACGUGGUGUCUCGUUCCAAUGCUCGAUAUGUAUGGUAUAUUUGUCCUGCAAGAGCGCACUCACCCGACACAUGAUAAUACACACGGGCGAAAAACCACAUGUGUGUGAUGAAUGUGGCAAGUCUUUUGUGCAAAAAGAGGUACUCAAGAGACAUAUGUUAACACAUACCGGCGCUAGACCGCACAAGUGUACACAUUGCCGGCGUACUUUUACACAAAAGAACAAUCUGGUAAAUCAUAUCAAUCGAACACACGCAGAAGUACCAGUGGGGCAGCAAUAUUCAUGCCAUCUUUGCCCAAAACGCUUCAGCCAUACAUCGGGGCUUAGUCGUCAUUUGGUUACGCAUACCGGUUUGACUUUCCAAUGCACGGAGUGUAAGCGCAAAUUUGCCGAUAGGUCGUCGGUGAAACGGCAUAUCAUAAAUGUACACGGCGUAGAAAAGGACUUAGCCAUAGUAAAUGUGAAAAAAUCCGAUGCCGAACUUUACACAGACGAAGGCGGGGAUGUUACAGAGGCGAGUGAGGAAAACGAUGCAGAGUUUUUGGUAUGAUGAAAUGAUAGGCAUUCUUAUGUACCUACAUGGGUUAUUAAAAAAAAACUUUGUUGGGUAAAGAAAACUGUUUUUUUUUUUUUAAUUAAUAGUAUUCUGCCUUAAAAUUAUAUUUAAGUGAAAGUCACUGAAAAGAAAUUUGUGGAUUUUUCUUAUAAAAAUUUUACACACUAGCUUGUUGAUCGUUUAUCAACAGCUCUUAUUUUGAUAUUUUAAGAGUUAUAUUUUAAUAAAACAAACCAACUUCAUCGUACAAAAACAGAAAUAUGAAUGCUUGUAUGAGUACAAGCAUAUUAAACUUCAAUAUACAUACCGAAUGUUAAAAAUCGUUUGGUAAAGCAGACCAUUGAUAAUAUUAAAAAAAUAAUAAAGUGACGUAAGAGAUGUACAACAUUA